AGUCAUGUGCCAAUUUUACGUCUAAGAGCAUGACACUUCUUACUUCGCCCGCGAAUUGCAUUAGAAAUAUAACUUAAGUCAAUAAUUCCAAUUCAUACCUACAUGAUUGAAAACUUUAUUUUUUAUUUCAAAUACAGAUAUGAAAUUUAAACUACAAUAACUACUUCUAGUACUCCCGGAUUUGUUAAUGUAUUGUUCUUUAGAGAUUUGAAGGCUCAAGUAUAGGUUGGUUUCGGAAAAUGGACUAAACGUACAUAACUUCAUUUUAUUCUGUUUUUAAACUGUUGACACAAUAUUGUCAUAAGUUUAUUUAUCUUUCAAAUGAAAAUAAAUAAAUAAAUAAAUGAAUUAAUAAAUAUAUGAAAUUCUCUAUAUAUUUCGGAGAAUUCUAAAUUCUACAACGAAAAUAAUGAAUGUUAAUAUUGACGAUAUUUUAUUAGCAAAUAAAGAUAAUUGGAGUAAUGUAUUGGAAACAUUCGUGAACAAUGCUUUAACUACAUUUUCAUUUCCUGAAUUGACGGAUGAGACUAAAAGGAGAAAUGUUUGGGAUGCUAUAUAUAACAUUGCUAAUUGCUCCGAAGACCCAAAUGUAAUUAAGAAUUGUUUUAUUGCAGUGAGGAUACUGAGCCGAGAAACUAACCAACUAUAUGAAUUGAUAAAUUAUAAAUGGAUGGACUUAAUAAAAAAACAUUCUGGCUUAAACAAUGAAAAAUUUGAAUUCAGCAAAGAUAAAACAUUAAUCUGCAUUGAAGUUAUGAAAAGUUUGUCAAAUAUACUGUUCAAUUCCCGACAAUUAGCCUCUAAAACGGUUGAAAAUGGUAUUUUAGAAGGUUUGACAAAUAGGAUUAAACAAUUUAAAAACAAAAACAUACCAGAUGAAGUAAAAUUUAUGGAUGCAAAGCUACUUUUCUUAAUAACAGCUCUUUCUCAUGAAGCUAGAAAAUAUUUAAAUAUGAUAGAACCCUUGCUUGUCAUAUUAGAAGAUGUACUACAUAAUGCUGCAAAGAAUCAUGUUGAAAAUGAGGAUUUACCUACAAUUUUGUUAACAGAUGCUCAAGCUGAUUUGGUAUCAGAAAUUUUAAAAGCCCUCUUCAACUUAACUAUUCGCAUUGAAGAAUCGCAUGUAAAAAAUUCAACCAUUUAUAUAAGAUUGGUUAAAGUACUUAGAAGCUAUCUUUUAAUUUCUUCUGUAAAUUCGGAAAAAACUUGGACUUUACGUAAUAAUGUAGUUAAUCUUCUUACUAAUAUGCCAGAGGAAACAUAUACAGAACUAUUUCCAGCAUCAGAAGGGUAUCCGGGGCUAAAAAGUUUAGAAUUCGAGGGAAUGAACAUGACUGCUAUUUAUGAAAUACUGAUGUUUUUGAAAGCUAAAUUCAAUUGUGAAACAUCUAUCUCAAAUCAGCAUGAAAUUUUCUCGCCAGUUGUAACAGUCUUAUUGAAAGGUGCUACUAGUCAUAGAGCUGUAAGAAAAUUUUUGAAAAAUCAAAUUUUACCCCCAUUAAAAGACGUACAUUCACGCCCCGAGCAGGGCAGUACUCUCAGAAAUCAUUUAUGUAGAUUAUUAACGACUCCUACUACGGAAUUACGGGAUCUAGUAGCAGAGCUACUUUUUGUUUUGUGCAAAAAAAGCGUUGCCCGUAUGAUCAAAUACACUGGAUAUGGUAAUGCAGCAGGACUUUUUGCCAAAAAAGGUUUGCUAGCUGGCGGAGAAGAUAAAGGACAAGGAGAUUAUUCUGAUAGUGAAGAUAGUGAAACUGAGGAAUAUGCUGAUCAUAAACAUGGGAUAAAUCCUGUGAUUGGCUGUUAUGAAGAACCACAUCCCAGUGUUCUAGAUACUAUGUCAGAGGAACAAAGAGAAUAUGAAGCAAUGAAAUUGGUAGAAUUAAUAGAUAGUCUUAUGAAAUGUGGUGUUAUAAAGCCUUGUGUCGUAGGAGAAGAUGGAAAACCAAAACAAGUAACACAUGUUCUUGAAUUGCAAGAUCAACUCAAGAACAAACAAAUUACAUUUGCAGAAGAUAGCGAUUAAUAAGUAUAAUAUAUAUUUUAACGUUUUUCCUUUAUUAAUUUUUUUCUACCUGUGAUGAAAUUCUAAUUAUUUAUACUAUUUUAUCUCAUUGAUUAUUUUUAUUCACUGAUUACUACAUUUAAACUGAAGUAUAAGCCACUAGUUGAGUGUUUCCCCGAUAAAUAGAUAGCGAUUAAUAAGUAUAAUAUAAUAUAUAUUUUAACGUUUUUCCUUUAUUAAUUUUUUUCUACCUGUGAUGAAAUUCUAAUUAUUUAUACUGUUUUCUCUCAUUUAUUAUUUUUAUUCACUGAUUACUACAUUUAAAAUUAAGUAUAAGCCACUAGUUGAGUGUUUCCCUGAUAAAUAGAGUUAGUGAAUGGAGUAGUCUUAUUUAAAAAUACAAAUAGAAUAUGAUGUAGUAGGAAUUAUUACAUGUUUUUUUUUUGUUUCUGAACAAUCACAUAAAAUCUAUUAAAUAAUUGUAUUUCAUUUAUUGCUUGAAUAAAUGGAGAAAGUUUGAAAUUGUUGUUUCCAAUGAAUAUUAAAUUUAGAAGACACUGUUUACUACCACCACAUUAACAAUUAUACUAUGUAUACUUGUCAUAUCGAUAGAGAUGAACUGAAAAUUCUUCUUCUCUCCAUAUAAUCUACAUUUGCUAGUUUCUGUAAGACAUAAUCUCAUCAAGCAUUUCUUGAGGCCACAGUGCCUUGUAUAACAGUAAGUGAGGAUGUAUAGCGUGAUGUUAUUGAGAUCUAAAUUUUUUUUUUCUAUUAAGAGGUAUCAAAGCUGCGACUACUUUUUCUAAGUAAUAGGAAAAUGGCGUAGUAGGCUGAUCUAUCCAUCACCAGAUGAAGAUUAUCUUCAUAAAAGUAUAGACAAGUUAGAAAAUUUGAGUACUUUAGAGUAAAAAACCAGUGAAUUGGUCGAAUUUAUAGUAUUAUAUCUGGUUUUACACUGGUUAAAGUUUUUAAAUUAACAUCGCUAUGUUUCAGUAAAUAUUUUGAUGUAAAAAAGUAUCAUUUGUAUAAAAUUGCAAUUGGAAUAUGUUUGUUGGAUGACAGCUUUUUUGAUCCAGUUUAUUCACUCACUCUGAUUGCUUACGCUGAUCAGUUUUAUUUAUAUAAGAACAAUGCAUUUUUCAUACUUACUCUAAUUUUUCAGUAUACAAUCCUUACACUUUUUUUCAGUGUAUGUACUUUUUUCACCUUGAGUUUAUUUUAAUUAGUAACAAUAGAAAAAUCAGAUUACAAAACUGAUAAUGAAUGAUGAAUAUUAAAUUCAAGCUGGAAAAAAAUAUUUUCAAUUCCAUACAUAUCUAUGAUACUAAAUGUCAAAAUUUCAAUAAAAUUUAGCUUUCAUAGGAACUAGUCAGCUUUCGUAGAAUAAUGUAGAAAAUAUAAUCAUAACAGACUUAGGAAACAUCAUUAUAUCGAAUAUUUUGCCAGAAAUAAAAAAUAAAAAUUAGUAU